UCUUCUUCUUCUUCAGUUUUCUUCGCAUUUUAUGUAACUUUCCAUGGUAACCAAACGCUGAUGAACAGUGUUUUCCACACAUAAUCACUCCCCUCCCUUUUCUUUCCUGCUAUUUUCAACCCAGCCAAACACAGUGUUAAGGCAUCGGUUGCAGAACGGCUACCUUUGAUUUACGCUCAAUUUAGAGCCAAUGGUAACACAUAUUUCACUCAUCCUUCUCAUUCCCGGGAAAUUUAGGCUCGCGCUUCUUCUCCCUCUCCGCGCGCAGAAAACCCUAGCUCUUCAUUCCGAGCUGCAUGUUGUUCCGCACGAAUUGCAGAAGAAACCCUAACCGGUGAAGGUGAAUUAAUGGGGUUUUUCAUCUUCAUUCUGUUGCGUCUGCGCGCGUUUGUCAUCUACUCACAUCGUUUCCAAGUUCUAUGUUUUUCAGACAGAUGAUAUUGUUAGCUUGCUUCCAUUUGGAUCUUCAUAUGUCAGGGAUUUCCAUUGGGGAUUUUCCCCUUGGUUAUUGUGUUUACUGGUUACGGAAACGGUAUGGUAAUUGAGUCUUUGCACGGGCCUUUGUUGAUAGUGAUGCAGCAGUAGCCUCUGUAGUUGCCUUUGUUGUUGCUCAAUGUGCAAAACAGCAGUAGCCUCACCAGAAGGUACAUAACACAGCAUAAGAAAACAGGAUAGAAAGAAGAGAGAGACAGAGCAAGAAAGAUUGAGAAGAAGAAGUAGAAUAUAGACUUUUCUUCAAGCAGGAAAUGGAGUUAUCGCUGAUAGGACUUCAGAAUGCUGGAAAGACUUCCCUUGUAAAUGUUGUUGAUGCUUUUGUGAAAGCAUGGAAUGAUUUGUGUGCUGCAACUCAAGGUGCCCCAACACUUCUCAUACCCAAAGGGAAAUCAUUCAUGUUGCAACCUGUGUCAUUUAAAGGUCCUUGCAAAACUAACAAUGUUAACAUUGAGCUUCAGGGCACUCUUGUUGCCCCUAAAAGUGUUGUUGCUUGGAAAUGGGCAAAUAAUAAUAAGGGAGCAUGGAUCGAUUUCUCAGGCAUAAAUGGCCUUGUUAUUAGGGGAGGAGGAACAUUCGAUGGGCAAGGUGCUACAUGGUGGGCCAAGUACUCUGAUGAUUCUGACAGGCCAAGUGCACUUCGGUUUCAUAGCUGUAAGAAUCUAGCGCUUAGUGCAACGAAUCACAUCAACAGCCCAAGAAAUCACAUAAGUAUAAGUACAUGCAGUGACUCUAGCAUUUCCAAUAUUCAUGUUACUGCCCCAGAGGAAAGUCCUAACACCGAUGGGAUUGAUAUCUCAGGAUCAACUAACAUCCUCAUUAAGGAUUCUACGAUCCGAACUGGAGAUGAUUGCAUUGCCAUCAAUGAUGGUUCCUCUUUUAUCAACAUAACUGGUAUUACAUGUGGUCCUGGCCAUGGCAUCAGUGUUGGGAGCCUCGGGAGAGAUAGAAAGUUUGAAACAGUAGAAGAGGUACAUGUGAGAAAUUGCAUCUUCCAAGGAACCACAAAUGGUGCCAGAAUCAAGACAUGGCAGGGAGGAUCUGGGUAUGCGAGGAAGAUAACUUUUGAAGAUAUUAUACUCGAUGAAGCAGAGAACCCUAUCAUCAUUAACCAAAAUUAUAGGGCUUAUCAACGUAAUGGUCUUGCGGAGGCAGUGAAAGUGAGUGAAGUUACUUUCCGUAACUUCACAGGAACCUCAGCUUCCGAGGAGGCAAUCACACUAAAUUGUGACCCUACCGUCGGCUGCACCGGCAUUAUAUUAAAUAAGAUUAACAUAAAAUAUGUAUCCGCAGGGAAAAGAACACGUGCAUUGUGUAAUAAUGUUCGUGGGUCAUUCUCUUUAUGUAGUCCAAAUGUUGUCUGUUCUUGACUUGAGAUGUACUAGCCAAUUAGGUUCUUGAAGUAGUAAAUAGGAUCCAGUGCAUUUAGCUAUGUUUAAACCCUAAGUAUCGUUUCGACAAAAAAAACCUAAGUAUCAUUUUCUAGUAA